AUCACUUAAUAAAUGAGCUCUUAACUUAAACUAACAUAUUAAUUAAAUGCAUUAAUUCUAACUUAAACUAUGAAUAGUAUAGGAAGUUUGUGAUGAGUCGAAAAGCAACAGUGCAAGUAACAUGGGACGGAGGGAGUAUAGUUCUUCCAUUCCAACGUAGUAGUCACAAUUAGAGAUGUAAUGAUAUUUUAGGAAGUGUUUGUUUAAUGUGCUAACUUAUGAGAAAAAAAAGUUAUUGAAUGUAUUAAUAUAGUAAGGAAAAAAAUAAUAAAAGUAACUAGUAAGAGGGAGAAAAUGUGGUUUGAUGUGUUAAUGAUAGUUUCCCUUUUUUUAAUGUGUUAAUGAUAGUUUCCUUUAAAAAAAAGUAGAAAUAUGACAUUUUUUAUGUGAUAAAUGAAAAAAGAAAAACAUGAAAUUUAGUCAAAAAUAUGAUUCUCUAAACUUUAAAAAUCUAAUAUAGUAAAAUACUACUACUAUUGUUUAAAUUGUCCAUCCCACAUGUCUUGAUUUGCAAUUGCCAAAUUUUGAGUUCAUAUCUUCAUAUUAAAAAAUUUCAUCGGUCUAACAAUAUUAACACCAACACAAGUUACACAAUCUCAUUAUCAAUUCAAAAUAUGCAUGCUGCACAUCUACAGACUACAAUAGAUUAUCCGUAGACGGACUUCAAUAUUUUGUGAUGGGAUAAUUGCAAACUUUACGAUUUUUCUGAAAAUUUGCCAUUUAAAAAUUUACUGCACAGGAAAGAAGGUUAAAAAAAAUACUAUUUGGAAAUUAAAAGUAGAAAAAUAGAGGAAAAUAUUGAGCUAAUAUUUAAAUAAGUUAGAUGUCCACCUCAAAAUAACAGACAUACAUUCCAUUACCAGCUUCAUCACUUCAUCUCUGUCUUCUCUCCCCUUCGUAGAGUCCGCCCUUCUCCAACACACACUAAUUCUCCACUCUCCCAUUUUGAUCUCAAUUUUCUCCCUCCCAUUCCGAUGGAGAGCUUAGUUCUCUACUCAUCCUCCUCCACCACAACCGCCACUUCCUUCUCCCGCUUCUCUCUCCCCCGCCUCCGCCCCUCCGCCCAUCUUCGCCCCCUCAAAUCCACCCCCAAACCCUCCUUCCUCCACUCCCCCACCAAUUCCCCUCUUUUCCCCCUCAUUCCCAAGUCCAUCCCCAAAAACCUCCCCACCCUCUCCGCCUCCUCCGCCGCCGCUGCCGGUGCCGCCGAAUCCAAACCAGAUUCCCCCACUCUCCAAGGCGCCAAGCUCCUCCCUUUAUUCAUCUCAGUCGCAAUCGGCGUAAUCGUCCGCUUCCUCGUCCCCAAACCCCCCGAAGUCACCCCUCAAGCGUGGCAGCUCCUCUCAAUUUUCCUCUCCACCAUCGCCGGCCUCGUCCUCAGCCCCCUCCCCGUCGGCGCCUGGGCCUUCAUCGGCCUCACCACCUCCAUCCUCACCAAGACGCUCUCCUUCACCUCCGCCUUCUCCGCCUUCACCAACGAGGUCAUCUGGCUCAUCGUCAUCUCCUUCUUCUUCGCCCGCGGCUUCGUCAAGACGGGCCUCGGCGACCGGAUCGCCACCUACUUCGUCAAGUGGCUCGGGAAGAGCACCCUGGGGCUGUCUUACGGCUUGACGCUGAGUGAGGCUUUGAUUGCGCCGGCAAUGCCGAGCACCACUGCUAGAGCUGGAGGUGUGUUUUUGCCUAUCAUUAAGUCACUGUCAUUGUCGGCCGGGAGCGAGCCCGGUGUCCCCUCCAAGAAGAAGCUUGGAUCGUAUUUAGUGCAGUCGCAAUUUCAGUCUGCUGGUAACUCUAGUGGUCUUUUCCUAACUGCUGCAGCUCAAAAUCUGCUGUGUCUCAAACUCGCUGAGGAGCUUGGGGUUGUAAUUUCAAACCCAUGGGUUUCUUGGUUCAAGGCAGCAAGUUUGCCUGCAUUUGUCUCUCUUUUGGCAACACCACUCAUCUUAUAUAAGCUCUAUCCUCCUGAAAUCAAAGACACACCUGAUGCCCCUGCAAUGGCUGCAAAGAGGUUGGAGCUUAUGGGACCUGUCACGAAAAACGAAUUGGUUAUGAUUGGUACAAUGCUUCUUGCAGUUUCUUUGUGGAUUUUCGGAGAUGCACUUGGCAUUGCAAGUGUAGUUGCUGCAAUGCUUGGUCUUUCGAUCCUCUUGUUACUGGGAGUGCUAGAUUGGAAUGACUGCUUAAGCGAGAAAUCAGCAUGGGACACUUUGGCAUGGUUCGCAGUUCUAGUGGGCAUGGCUGGCCAAUUGACAAAUCUUGGCAUCGUGAGCUGGAUGUCUACUUGUGUCGCAAAAGCGCUGCAGUCAUUGUCGUUGAGUUGGCCUGCUGCUUUUGGUGUUCUCCAAGCUGCGUACUUCUGUAUCCACUACCUAUUCGCAAGCCAAACUGGCCAUGUCGGAGCAUUGUACUCAGCAUUCCUUGCCAUGCAUUUGGCAUCUGGAGUUCCGGGUGUGCUAGCAGCACUUGCUCUAGCUUACAAUACCAAUCUAUUUGGUGCGUUGACACAUUACAGCAGCGGUCAAGCUGCUGUAUAUUUCGGAGCCGGAUACAUAGAUCUUCCGGAUGUAUUCAAGUAUGGCUUCAUCAUGGCCGUUGUUAACGCGCUGAUCUGGGGAGUUGUCGGGGGAUUUUGGUGGAAGUUCUUGGGACUCUAUUGAUUGCAUACAAUGGUGGCACCCAUAACAAUUGUCCACAAUUGAUUCGAUCCGGGGAUCGGUCUUAGUUACGGGUACGUGCACGGGGCGGCAUAUGUGGACGCUUGUAUGGCUAAUUCGAUCCGGGGAUCGGUCUUAGUUAGGGGUACGUGCACGGGGCGGCAUAUGUGGACGCUUGUAUGGCUAGUCCAGCACUCGCCCAUGCACACUAAUCGUGUUGCAUGCACCAAGCUCGUUAGUCAGCACCUCGCUUGUAAUAAAUUUUGAUUUAAUUUUGUUUAAUUCAUUAAAUUCUCUUUCUACUAUUUCAGUAAGUAAUUGCUUUUCUUUUGCCGUUAUCAAUGGCUUUUUAUCAAA